AGCCAGUCUAUGAAAACCAGGAAGCAAAACACUGGAAGUAGCUUUACACGUUACAACAUAAAGUAAAGAUGCUGAUGGGAUAGUACUGAAUUUAAACUAUAUUCCGCAUGAACAUAAUGUUUGUAAAUACUCGGAUGUGGUUGUUUCUUUUGAUUUUACACGUUUUGGAAGCAGGUGUUUUUGCAGUAGGCAUAGAUAGCAAACAGGUCAACGUUUUGUACUUAAUUGCAGAUGAUUUGAGACCAACUUUAGGCUGCUACUCUGAUCCGGUGGUCAAGUCACCAAACAUCGACCAACUUGCAUCAGUGAGCACAGUGUUUCAUAACGCCUAUGCACAGCAAGCUGUUUGUGGACCUAGUCGGGUGUCUUUCCUAACAAGUCGAAGACCAGACACCACAAAGCUGUAUGAUUUUAACUCCUACUGGAGAGUUCAUGCAGGGAACUACACUACACUUCCUCAGUACUUCAAGUCUAAUGGAUACACCACUUUAUCAGUUGGCAAGGUCUUCCAUCCUGGCAUUGCCUCCAACCACUCGGAUGAUUACCCGUACAGCUGGUCUGUACCGCCGUAUCAUCCACCCUCUUUUAAAUAUGAAAAGAGGAAGGUUUGCAAAGGUAAAGAUGGCACACUGCACAGUAAUUUACUGUGUGCCGUGGAUGUGUCUGAGAUGCCUUUAGGAACCCUUCCUGACAUAGAGAACACAGCAGAGGCUAUCCGACUCCUGAAGUCUGUGAAGGACUCUCACCAUCCAUUCUUCCUGGCUGUUGGCUUCUAUAAGCCACAUAUUCCUUUCAGAAUCCCACGGGACUACCUAAAGCUGUAUCCUAUCGAGAAUAUGACGCUGGCUCCAGACCCAGAUGUUCCUAAGAAACUUCCCAAUGUGGCCUACAACCCUUGGACUGACAUCCGCAAGAGGGAAGAUGUUCAGGCGUUAAAUCUGAGCUUUCCUUACGGCCCCAUUCCUAAAGACUUUCAACUGCAGAUCCGACAGCACUACUUGGCCUCUGUAUCAUAUGUGGAUGCUCAAGUCGGAAAAAUCCUGCAAGCCCUUGAUGAUUUCGGCCUUGCCAAGGACACUAUAGUGGUUUUCAGCUCAGAUCACGGUUGGUCAUUAGGAGAACACGGUGAGUGGGCCAAAUACAGCAACUUUGAUGUGGCCACCCGAGUGCCGUUGAUCGUGUACAAGCCAGGUGUGACCUCACCUUUCCCUCGGCCUGGGGAGAAGACGUUCCCCUUCAUCAAUGUGUUUCAGGGCACACGGGAGCAGUUUGGCAAAGGUCGAGGAGUUGAGAGAGUGGUGGAGCUGGUGGACAUCUUCCCCACGCUGUCGAACCUGGCUGGGUUGCUUCCUCUGCACCACUGCCCGUCCUCAUCCUUCAAGAUCGAGCUCUGCACCGAAGGCUCAAGCCGGGCAAAUCUUAUCCGUGAGCCAAAGAAAAAGCUCAACAGAGAAGCCUACUCAUACAGCCAGUACCCUCGACCCUCCGACUCCAUCCAGGAGAACUCAGACCUGCCCGACCUCGCCGACAUCCGCAUCAUGGGCUACUCCAUUCGCUCCAUUGACUACCGCUACACCUUAUGGGUGGGCUUUGACCCCGUCCGCUGUCAGCCUAACAUGACGGACAUCCAUGCGGGAGAAAUGUACCUCUUGGCUGAAGAUCCGGGAGAGGACAAUAACAUGUUUGAUGAAUUGUUCCACGCUACAGUAUUGCGUAAGCUCGGCAUGCUGCCGUCGUGGACAGAGAGUUUAAAGCAUCAUAUGAUGUAUCUCAGCAGCGGGUUGAAAUCAAAAGGGAUUCUGUGAUUCAUGAACAUGUUACAAAUUCAAAAUUACAUGUCUUGUCAUACUUCAUCAAAAACUGACAGGAAGACUUAAAAAGUUUUGCUUAAAGCCUAUUUUAGGACUUUUUUUGGCAUUCUGACAUAUUGUUAUUAUAACUACCUCACAAUUGUCAUAAUCAAAAUCCUAAUAAUCUUGCAUUCUCUAAUAAUGAAUCAUGUACCUCAUAAUGCUCUAAAGCACUUUUCUUUAAAAGAAUAAAAAGGGAUGUUUUCACAUACUGUAGCACUCUUAUUGAGUAUAUUUGAAGUAGUAUUAUAAAAAAAAAUAUGAGUCAAUUGACUUAAUUUCCUUAUUCCCAUCAGAACGUGAUGCAUGGAAAUGACGUAACGUCAACUUAAGUGAGAAACGAGUUUAAUUUGAGUCUCCAAGAAACAGAAAGCUCUGCUCAGACAACAUUCUGCUUUAGCAAUUUAUCAGGUCACUAAGUCGUAAUUGUAUUUUGUCUUGGAGGCCGACGGAGACUCUGCCAGCGCUAAGCUCUUGUUUUCCCAGGCAUCGUGAUGAAAAUCAACUUAAAUAUAGAAUUUCAAGUCAUGCGCUCCCACUGCACCGUUGCCAAGGUAAUUAGAUGCUUAAAUGUGAAAACUUGCAAAUGAUGUUGCCCGGAUACACCUCAGAGAAUAGUUUAACACUGAUGAAUGUUUUAGCCAACGUUAAAAAAGGGGAAGCGGCUGCUGUGGCAUCUUCUGCUGCUCGCGCGCUGUGACGUCAGGCCGCGUUUGCUCCCCAGACUCAUUUCAUGCCACGAGUCUGCAUUUUAAACACUCCUACCUGCUUUCUCUUUUCAGGUUUAUUUUGGAUUCGCCGCACUCUUUCGCGUUGGAUGCCACAUUGUUUACUCCUGCAGAGUAUGAAUUAUUUUUGAAGGAAUAUAUUCAAUAUUUAUGUGGCAACAUAAAUAUAUUUUCUCGCUUUCUCUCAAAAGGAAAAACAACAAAACAAAGCAAGCGCAUCAUUUGUGUGUCUGUGUGUGUGUGUCCCUUUUCAAGUGUGUUCUUAUAAGAGUGCAGCAGGAGUGUUAUAGUGAGGGGAUCCUUUGGGACCGCCAAUAUAUUCAGCUUCAGCAGACAGGCUUCAUUGCCAGCUGGUCCGGAAAAUUCCACUGCUGUCUCUUUUUUUUUCUCUUGUCGACUAAAAGCAAGGUCAGGGCAGUCCGAGAAGGAUCUACAGGCUGAUUGAAGCUGAUAUUUUAAUUGCUUACACUAAAGUAGCUUUGCUUUUGUCUACCAGCUGAUUGUGUUGCUUGCAAAGUCUUUACCUAAUUAAAAAAAUCAAGAAAUGUGACUCUUAAAGGGGCUAUGUGUAAGAAUUUCCAUGUAUUAAUCACUUUUUAUUGUGAACAUACAGUUUGCAAUAAAAUGUAAAAAAACAAGA